AUGUCCAGAUUUCACGUCCACAUUGCCUUGGGUUGCCUGUUGGCUGCCGCCGCUUGGAGCGCCACCCUAGACACAGAUUUACGCGGACGGCCCGUAAAAAGAGGCUUCUUCUCCUCCGCGAAGUGCAAGAUAUUUGGGUCAGGAUGUGGCCCGUCCGAAGACGAUCUCACCUACGGGGUCUUGUUUGAUGCGGGCAGUUCCAGCACAAAGCUACGCGUCUACAGAGUGACGCCUUCAGAAUCGUCCGGUUCUCUGCCCACACUGGCCAUCGUCUACAGCCAGCGUUUCGACCCAGGUGUGGACUCAUUCGUCAAUGAUGAGGACGGCUUGAGGGAGUACUUGACCUCAAUACUGGACUCUGCCAAAGAGAACGUGCCCGAGAACAAGCAAGAGAGAACUCCCAUUUAUCUGUUUGCUACUGCCGGUAUGCGGUUCUUAAGUGCCGACGACGCCACAGCCCUGGUGGACAACAUAAAGGAGGUGUUCCAGAACUCCAGCUUAAGCCCCUUCCUCUACAAACCUGCGGGUGUGGGCAUCUUGUCAGGCGAAGAGGAGGGCGUCUACUCCUGGGUCGCCGCCAACUACCUCCUAGGAUUUUUUAACGAAAACAGACCAGACACUGAGGCUGUGGGUGUCCUGGAGAUGGGCGGCGGUUCCACACAGAUCACUUUCGUCCCCAGAAACCCACUGUACGACGGGGAGUUUCAGGUGACAGUCAGGGGACGAACGUUCGAACUAUACGUGCACAGCUACCUCCAGUUUGGCAUCAACGCCAUCAAUAAUUGGGUGGCCCAGAUUCUGGCUGAAAGAAAUCCUCGUCAACGGUUUGUUCACAACCCGUGCAUGCUCAAGGGAGAUGAAAAAGAGGUCAAGCUACAGAAUGGACUUGAGUUAACCAUGGACGGAAGCAGUGACCCCGACCAGUGCAAGGACAUACUGACCACUAUCCUGAAGCCAGAGACGGGGAUUAGGUGUGAACCCAAGCCUUGCGCCAUUGGCUCUGUCUACCAACCCGACGUGGACGACAUCCAGUUCUACGCCACCCAGGGAUUCACCUACGCUCCGGCAACACUCAACGCUAUCGAGGACGAUGAGACACUUAAUCUGGAAACUCUGGAAGAGAACGCCUCGAGGCAUUGUCGGAGGACUUUGAAGCAGUCAGUUAAAGCUGGCAUAAAAAGAGACUUGGGAUCGACCACAUGCCUCAUGGGCGAGUACAUUCCCAUUCUCUUCACCACCUCUUACAACUUCCCCACUGAUACCACCAACAUCAAGGCAACCUCCAACAUCGGCGACAGCAGCAUAGACUGGGGUCUGGGAGCCAUGGUGAUUGAACUAACAGGAAACCAAGUCCGUCGACGACGACGCUGA